GAGCUUGGGUUAGGGUUUGGUGUAGGACUCUCUGAUUGAUCGGCAAUCGUCAACGGUGGUAGCGUGGAACACAUCGUAGCGAUGGCGGGGGCUACUGGUGCUGCGGCGACGGUGAAAGAGGCUGUGGAAGACCCCAAGCUGGACGUAUUCGAAGAUGACGACGAGUUUGAGGAGUUCGAGAACGAGGUGUGGGACGACGAAGACGAGGGGAAAGGCGCCUUGCAACAAUGGGAGGACGAUUGGGAUGACGACGAUGUCACGGAUGACUUCUCCUUGCAGCUCAAGAAGGAGCUCGAGAAGGUGGACAAGUGAAUGCACUGUGAUCUUGAAGAGAUUGUAGGGUAUUGUUGGAAAAACCUAGAACAUCUGCUUUCUCCGUGUUUUGAUAUGCGGGUUGCAGUUUCCAGUAUUGUCGGACGAUGCUACUUGCAAGGGAAAGGGACGACAAGAGCUUCGAGAUGAGGAAGAGCUUCAGCUGUAGGUUUAACCCGUGGAUGCCUCGUUCCUCAGGAUGAGGCACGAACUGAACUAGACUGCAGGGAUUUGAACUUGGGUAGGAGAAUCUUAUAUAAUUUCAAAUUCUAGAGUGACAAUUUUUCUUUUAUGAUUGGAAAGGGGGAAACUUAAAAUUGAACUUGUUAUAAUUUUGAUUCCCUAUGUAUGAUCUGCCUUAAGGAACAGUUGGAAGCUUAAUCUCGAGGAA